AUGACGCCGCCAUCGUCGCAGGCUCCUUCUUCCAAUGGAGGCUUCCGCAUCGCUGGCGUCGCUAGUCAAGCGCCUUCCGCAUCAGCCUCAGCCUCAGCCUCAGCCUCAAAUUCGGGUCCCUCAUCUUCGCUGAUGCCUUCGCCUGCAAAUGCACCGCAGCCGCAGCCACCAAACGAAUCUCCCAAGUCUCCUGUCAAGCUCGAUAGGGAGAAGCACACAUCUCAUAGGGUACCCCCAAAACAUGCCCAUGCGCCAUCGAGUUCCUCGCAGCCGAGGCACUGGCCUCAACGCUCACCUGUGAUGCAGUCGCGAUCCAGCCACAACUCGGCUGCUCAUAUCUCGAGGCACGACAUUGACGACGACGAGGAAGAAGGCGCAAUCGAUGACAGCGCCGCUCCCAAGCCUGCUGCUGGGCCUUCCUCCCGACCGCCGCCUCCAAAGACUCCUCCACACCAUUCCAAUCCCUCGCGUUCUUCUGCAACCCAUGGCCGCAAUCCACCCGCCGAUGAACGCAAGCAUCACAGCCAAACGUCUUCCUACCAGCCUCGUUCACCAUCUACGCCGCGUAGAUCCUACCCAUCACAGUCUAAUCACCUCCGCAGUCCUUCACCUCCUGCAUCAUUCAAUCGCUCUACCAUCAAAGACCACGACAUCAGCACAUCUCGCCCUCACCCAGACGAUCGACACCGACGUCCACAGCCAGAUCGCGCAGAUCACGACGUCUACCGUCCCUCGGCAACCGAGCAUCGAGCCAGGGACGAACGAUAUCCGGCACCCGCAGGCGCACGUCUCUGGGGUCGCGCAAAGCAAGAUCUUGUGCGAGCUUCCGACGACGACGAUCGACGCCGCGAUGACCGUGGUUGGGGCAACGAUAGGCGUGGAGCCGAGAGGGCAGGUCGUGAAUGGGAUCGAGACUACGAUCGACGCUACGACAGGGAAGAACGUGAUCGCGGGUGGGACCAGCAUCGAAACAACGAACGCGAUCGCCGCGACGAUUCGACGCGCGACAGGGAUCUGAUUCGAAAUGGUCGAGACAGGGAGGUGCCUCCAGCUUCGAUUGCCAGAGAGCAGCGAUAUGCUGGUUGGUCUCCUACACCACCGGAUGCUCACCAUGCCGAUCCGUCUUCUAACGGCAACCACGACCCGCGACCCCCGUCGAGGAUGGGUAGGGCUGCACCGCCGCCACCGCUGCUCUCGCAUCCCGAUCGCCAAGUCUCGUCCAACGCGCAUCGUGAUCCAGAUGCGACCUCGCUGCCUAAACGUCCACGAUCUCGCUCGCCGCCAGCAGGCUUGCUCAAACGCAAAGCCAACUUCAGUGCCGUUGUGCCACCCGCGUUGCCAUCCGUCGUCGACAAAGAUGCAGCUGCAGAGGGCGACAAUGUAGCACCAGGGGCACCGCUCCCACCCAAGAUCGAGACGAUGCAAUCACCUGUCCUCCCUGCUUCUUCAUCACGUCUUGGAUCCGAAUCCCUUGCUCACACCGCCGCACCACCCAGUCUCCCCGGCUCCGCCCUCAACACGGUCUUCCAAUCGAGUGCGGCCAACUCCACCUUUGCCACCAGCGUUGGUGGCGCCCCUACAUCCGUCCCUGUCGACGCCAACUACCAAGCCACAUGCGAAGCACUCGACGACUUCACCCUCCCCUCCGUCCGCCUAUCCUGUCUGCCCCGCAAGCAGACCUCCUCCUCAUCGUCACCUCCUACCUCUGGACGAGAACGACGCAGAGCUCGUGGAGCGUUGAUCCCGCUCAAUCAACGCAAAUUCGUCGGCUGUUCGUCGCUCGACGACUACGAGAUCUCGAUCAAGCUCGGUCAAGGAACCUUUGGAGAAGUGCUCAAGGGUCGGCAGAUCUUGACAGGGACGCAGGUUGCGCUCAAAAAGGUGACGAUCCACGACGCCAAAGACGGAUUGCCUAUCACAGCGCUUCGAGAGAUCAAGUUGCUCAAGAAGCUGAAGCACCCGAGCAUCGUUCCCGUGAUCGACAUGGCUGUUCGCGCUAGUGGGGAGAGAGGCAAGCUGGGUGACGUGUACAUGGUGGAGCCGUACAUGGAUCACGAUCUCAACGGCAUGUUGGAAAACCCUUCGAUCAGACUCGAGCACAGCCAGAUCAAGCUCUACAUGAAACAGCUGCUCGAAGGAACGCUCUACCUGCACAAGAACCGCAUCCUCCACCGCGACAUGAAAGCCGCCAAUCUGCUGAUCAACAACAAGGGACAGCUGCAGAUCGCCGAUUUCGGUCUGGCUAGAGCCUACCGCGACCCGGGGCAGAGUUGGAAGGGUGGGUGGAGCGCGGGGGUCCAGAAGUACACGAAUAUGGUGGUGACUCGGUGGUAUAGACCGCCGGAGCUUUUGGCGGGGGAGAGGAGGUACGGACCACCGAUCGAUAUGUGGGGGAUCGGAUGUAUUCUGGCAGAGAUGAUUACGGGAAGACCGCUGUUCAAGGGUACGAGCGAGAUCAACCAGCUCGAGCUGAUCAGUAAGCUGUGCGGCAGUCCGAACGAGACGAACUUCCCCGGGUGGAACAGUCUGCCCGGAGUGAAGGAUGCGGAUCCGAGCGGGAGACCCGAUGCGAACCCGGAGGUGGAGGGGAGGAAGGACUUUGGUGCGUACCCGAGAAAGGUCAACGAGAGUUUCCGAGGAGGUGGCAUGGUGGAUGCGGGGAAAGAGUGUGCGGAUCUGAUCGAUAAGCUGUUGGUGUUGGAUCCGAGGAAGAGGUUGGGGGCGAAGGAGGCGCUGGAGCACGAGUGGUUUUGGGAGAAGCCGUGGGUGGCGGAUGGCAGCAGUUUGCCGAGGUACGAGCACAGUAAGGAGAUUGAUAGGGUGAGGAGGGAUUGGAAGCCCGUGCCGGUGCCGGUGGGUGCGCAGCCGGUGCCGACGAUGGCGCAAGGUGGCGGUGGUAGACCAGCGAUGCAGCAGCAGCAGUCACAGCAGCAGCAGUAUGGAGCAACGGGUGCAGCUAACGGCUCUUCGGCGUGGGGUUACCCGAGACCAGGAUUUGCACCACAGCAGGCGAACGGUGGCGCAGGUCAGCCCGCGCCGAAUCCAGCAGCAGAUGCAUGGGAAGCCAUCACCGCAGGACCACGAUCGAACCUCCCCCCUGCAGCAGCUGGCCUUCCCAGCAGACCCUACCCAUCCCAACCGGGCGCAAACCCCGGUGCUGGAGGCAGACACCCAUUCCCGAACCAACAGGCCAACUCGCGCUUUCCCCAUCCCAACCAAAGGCAGAACUAUCCUUUUCCGGGACAAGCCGGUCCGCGACAGCAGCAGCAGCAGCAGCAGCAAGGCAACUUGCCCGCUAGAGCGGUGCAGCCGCCGCACGGGAGGGGCCCGAAUGGAGGUGCGGGAGGAAACCCUUAUGCAUGA